GAAUUCUACGGCAUGGACCAAAAUGUCCAUAGCUUCCUGCUCCGUCAUGGCAAGGAUAUGAUCAAGGAUGAUCGUCACAUCUUCCUUUGGCGCCAAGUGAUCUUCUUCAGCUUUUCGUCCGUAAUAGGCGACGAUCUUGGCCCGCAUCUCAGGGUUCGCAUGGCUGAUAUUCGUCCUCUCGGCUUUGAGGUCAAGAUGACCAUCAUCCGCAGGGGCAAUAUCAAAGUCGGCGGCAUCCCCCUUCUUCUCAUCGACAACAUCAGAAAUGUUGGUAUCGAGAGGAGCCACCGAAUUGAUCUCGUAUUCUCGAUGAGGACGAGACAUGGUGUUCGACAGACAGACAAAGAGGUGAGGUGGGUGUUGUCGUAAAGAUCGAGGAAAGGGGGGGAAUCUUUAUCAUAUAUAUAAAUGUUCCUCCUCCCUCUUCGCCGCCUUUGCCCCUACUCCCUUCCCCAUCCCGAUUCCACCUCGAACCACCCUUCACUAUCCGGGAGGAGCGGACAAUCCGUGACAUUUUGGUCCUCCCCCCUUCUGCCCCCUCUCACCCUAAAUGGACUUACCUUAUCUCGUCGGUUAGUUUUCGACUCCUCCACCCUCCUGUCCUCCUUCCUGUCUACUAUAGAUUCCUCGGUAAAAGGUAACCAGGCAUUCAUCCUUCCCAGCGCAAAAGCAAAGACUUCUGCCCCGCCGCUUUCUUGGUGCGGUGCGGUAUCGACCAGAACCGAGGCUCCGCGUUUUUCCCCCCCUGUCAGCGCAUCUAGAAGUGUUGGCUCGCGGCCGCCGGAUCACCGGAGACUGUCCAGGUGGGGUAUGGGAAAGAAGGCGGCAGAGGUGUGUGGUUCUGGGUCGAGGCGCAGCGCAUGUGUGAUCUAAGAAUAGAACAUCCCACACAAUCCUCAAUAUUCCCAUAUCUUUUCUGC